UGCCAGUUUGAAGAUGGCUGCUCCACUAUUUGCGUGCACGAAGGAAGAACAACGUUCUGUAAUUCGUUUUUUUAUCAGUGAAGGUGUGAAACCGACUGAAAUUCAUCGACGGAUGAAGGUUCAGUAUGGUGAUGCAUGCUUGUCACAGCAGAAAGUGUACGAGUGGAGUAGGAAAUUCAGAAAUGGUGUGACGUCUGUGGCAGACGCUCCUCGCCCGGGUCAGGCGCACAGAGUUGUGACCCCUGAGUCUAUUGCACCAUACCUAGAUCCAAGUGAUUACCACAUGUUUGGGCCACCCAAAGAGGCGAUGGGAGGAAAGAAGUUCCGUUCUGAUGAAGAGGUGCAAACAUUUGUGGGUUCUUUGGGUGGUGCACUCAGCUUGUACUUGGGAAUUACGUUGCUAAUGUUGGUAGAAGUUAUGGAUGCACUGUUUCGCCUCUUCUACAAUUGCUGCCUGCAUUGCUAUCGCACGAUGUGUACGACUUCACAACUGUCUAAACCAAAUGUAUCAAAAUUUCACUAUCGAAAACGGAAGACUGCGAUUAAGAUUGACAGUAAACUACCACAAUCAGUUUUCUUUACAGGUCGAUUUACUCCUCCACACCAACCAAUAAUCAGGUCGAAAUAUGUAUGGUGAGCUGCUGAAACAACAAUAAUUAUCACUGAUGUAACAGAGUACAUAAGAUGAAUCUUAAGAGAGAGAAAAAUUUUUUUGUUGUUGUUGCGAAUUUUAACAAAUUAUCUGCAUUUUCAUGCACUUGUUCACCAUAAUGGUUACUUAUUGUUGUCAGUUUCUAUAUGUACCUUGCUUGUAUGUAUGUAAACUUGCUACAAAGUUGAGCAUUUAUGAGGUAUGUAAAAUAAACUUGGAGAGUUUCUCUUUCUAUCGGCA